AUGACUAGUGGACGAUAUUGGCACACAGCAUCUGUAUUAUCAAAUGGAAAAGUAUUAGUUACUGGCGGAUACUAUGGUAGCGCUUCAAAUAGUGCUGAAUUGUAUGAUCCAUCAACAGGUAUUUGGACAACUACUGGCAACAUGAUUAUUACACGAAGUGGCCACACAGCAUCUAUAUUAUUAAAUGGAAAAGUAUUAGUUACUGGUGGAUACAAUGGUAGUAGUUAUUUAAAUAGUGCUGAAUUGUAUGAUCCAUCAACAAGUACUUGGACAACUACUGGUAUCAUGACUAAUGCACGAUGGUUUCACACAGCAUCUGUGUUAUCAAAUAGAAAAGUAUUAGUUACUGGUGGAUAUGGUAAUUUAAAUAGUGCUGAGCUGUAUGAUCCAUCAACAGGUACUUGGACAGCUACUGGUAGCAUGACUACUGCACGAGUUGAUCACACAGCAUCUGUAUUAUCAAAUGGAAAAGUAUUAGUUACUGGCGGAUACUAUGGUAGCGCUUCAAAUAGUGCUGAAUUGUAUGAUCCAUCAACAGGUAUUUGGACAACUACUGGCAACAUGAUUAUUACACGAAGUGGCCACACAGCAUCUAUAUUAUUAAAUGGAAAAGUAUUAGUUACUGGUGGAUACAAUGGUAGUAGUUAUUUAAAUAGUGCUGAAUUGUAUGAUCCAUCAACAGGUAUUUGGAUAGCUACUGGUAGCAUGAUUAAUGCACGAAGUGCCCACACAGCAUCUGUAUUAUCAAAUGGAAAAGUAUUAGUUACUGAUGGAGGCGUCAAUGGUAGUAUUGCUUUAAAUAGUGCUGAGUUGUAUGAUCCAUCAACAAGUACUUGGACAACUACUAGUAACUUGAAUAAUGCACGCUAUGCUCACACAGCAUCUGUGUUAUCAAAUGGCAAAGUAUUAGUUACUGGUGGUACACCUAAUGGGAAUAUUGCUUUGAAUACUGCAGAAUUAUAUUAA